AUGGAAUCGAAAGAUUUCUACUUGGAUACACAGAAACUACGAUUGAACGACCUUUCACUUUCUCCAGCUCAAAUAAGACGAGCAGGUAGUCCACAAGAAAACGACGGUUGUGAUACCCUCACUUUGACAGCUGAUGAAGCCGUCUUUCUUCAAGCAUCAUGGCAAAGGGCCAUUGCGACAACCGAUGUUGGAGCAGAGUUGGUCAUCAGACUUCUGAACGACAAACGAUCACUAUUCAAGUCUUUACUCGAAAGUCAUACUGGUCAUAUCGAUAUCAAGAAGUUUACUGUUGAUGUUGUCAACCGGGAUUUGAAGCGAGCUAAAGAAGUUGGACAAGGAGUUGUACGAUUCUUCACGAAGGCUCUAGACUGUUUGGGUGAGCCAGAUGCGUCGGAAAAAAUUCGCCAAAUGAGUUUCGAUCUCGGUGUUCUUCACUAUCGAAUGCGGGUGUGGUUUCAGGCCGAAAAUUGGCUAUGUGUCAAAAACAGCCUGCUCACUGUUAUUUUGGACAUCAAUCCUAUUAGAGGUGCUCAUUUCAUAAUUGUUUACUUAGCGCGAAUCUGUAAAUUCAGCGUUGGCUUGCAAUCAUUGACGUGUGGUGAGGACAUACACACUGGAGUAUUGCAGAUGUUGCGAAGUAUAGUGAUGCUACAAUAA